AUGGCUGUUUCCGCCUCAACGAUCACUUUAACCUCCACAAACCUCCUCUACCCCAACCACACAACCAACGCAUCUUCUACCUCCACCCCUACUUUCUCCCUAAAAUCCACCUCCAAACUCCCCUCAAAAUUCAUCCUUUCCUCUUCUUUCCUCUCCCCCUUCACUCCCACCUCCCCAACCUCCUCCCUCAUCACCACCCGCCACCGCACCUUCACUGUCCGUGCCGCUAGAGGGAAGUUCGAAAGAAAGAAACCCCAUGUCAACAUAGGCACCAUAGGCCAUGUAGACCACGGCAAAACAACUCUCACUGCUGCUUUAACCAUGGCUUUAGCCUCUAUGGGUGGCAGUGCACCCAAAAAAUACGACGAAAUCGAUGCUGCACCGGAAGAACGCGCUAGAGGAAUCACAAUUAACACUGCUACAGUUGAAUAUGAGACAGCAUCUCGCCAUUAUGCUCAUGUUGAUUGCCCUGGUCAUGCUGAUUAUGUUAAGAACAUGAUUACUGGUGCUGCUCAAAUGGACGGAGCUAUUUUGGUUGUGUCUGGUGCUGAUGGUCCAAUGCCACAAACAAAAGAACAUAUAUUGUUGGCAAAACAAGUUGGGGUUCCAAAUAUGGUCGUGUUUUUGAAUAAACAAGAUCAAGUUGACGACGAGGAGCUGUUGCAGUUGGUAGAGUUGGAGGUAAGAGAAUUGUUGUCUAGUUAUGAGUUUCCUGGCGAUGAGAUUCCAAUUACCUCUGGUUCUGCUUUGUUAGCUUUAGAGGCUUUGAUGGAAAAUCCGGCUCUAAAGAGAGGAGAGAAUCAAUGGGUCGAUAAAAUUUAUGAACUUAUGGAUCAUGUUGAUAAUUAUAUACCAAUUCCUCAAAGGCAAACUGAAUUGCCAUUUUUACUUGCUGUUGAGGAUGUUUUUUCGAUUACCGGUCGUGGGACUGUAGCUACUGGGAGGGUUGAGAGAGGUACGAUUAAAACUGGGGAUACAGUAGAUAUUGUGGGGUUGAGGGAGACUAGGAAUACAACAGUUACUGGUGUGGAAAUGUUUCAAAAGAUAUUGGAUGAAGCAUUGGCAGGUGAUAAUGUUGGGUUGUUGUUGAGAGGUAUUCAAAAGGCUGAUAUUCAGAGAGGGAUGGUCUUGUCGAAGCCAGGGACAAUUACUCCACAUACUAAGUUUGAGGCGAUUGUUUAUGUUUUGAAGAAGGAAGAAGGUGGCAGGCAUUCUCCCUUCUUCGCGGGGUAUAGGCCUCAAUUUUAUAUGAGGACCACUGAUGUUACAGGGAGGGUGGCUACGAUUAUGAAUGAUAAGGAUGAGGAGUCGAAGAUGGUUAUGCCUGGGGAUCGUGUGAAGAUGGUAGUGGAACUUAUUAUGCCUGUGGCUUGUGAGCAAGGUAUGAGGUUUGCAAUCAGAGAAGGAGGGAAGACUGUUGGAGCUGGUGUUAUUCAGUCCAUUCUUGAGUAG